AUGAGCAAAGUGGGCUCCUCGCUGUACACUCGCCUCCAUGGAAUCUUCAAAGAAUCUCCCAUCUCCACCGUCAAAACCACCACAAAACCCAAAACCCAAUCCAAAUCCAAAAAGUUCCUCACUAAAUCCAAAAAACCCACAGCUUCUCCAGCUUCCGCCUCCAUAGACACAGUAACAUCCUCUAACGACGCCAAGGCCACAAAAGACUCAAAAUUAACAAAAAAAGUCGAAAAAUUCAAAAGAUCCUGCGAAUCAGCAACCUUCCGUCAAGUCCACGGACUCUACAGCGCCUUCAUCCGCCGCCUCAGAGAAGCCAACAAAUUCUCAACCAUCGACGAAGUCCUCCAGCACCAGAAGAAGUACGAAGACAUAAAAUCCGAAGACUUCGUCAUCCGUAUAAUGCUCCUCUACGGGUACUCAGGGAUGGCGGACCAUGCACACAAGCUGUUCGACGAAAUGCCUGAACUAAACUGCGAAAGGACUAACAAGUCUUUCAACGCGCUUUUAUCGGCUUAUGUUAAUUCCAGGAAGGUCGAUGAGGCCAUGAAGGUGUUCAAGGAGUUGCCGGAGAAGCUAGGUAUCACUCCUGAUCUUGUUACUUAUAAUACAAUGAUCAAAGCGGUGUGUCGUAAAGGAUCCAUGGAGGAUAUAUUGUGUAUUUUGGAAGAGGUUGAGAAGAACGGGCUUGAGCCUGAUAUGAUCACUUUUAAUACGUUGUUGGAGGAGUUUUAUAGGAGGGAUUUGUUUGCUGAGGGAGAUAGGAUUUGGGAUUUGAUGAAGGGGAAGAGUCUUGUUCCUAAUAUUAGGAGUUAUAACUCGAGGGUCAGAGGUUUGACUAGGAACAAGAAGUUUGCUGAUGCGGUUGAGCUCACUGAGGUUAUGAAAGCUGAAGGGAUCUCUCCUGAUGUUCAUACGUACAAUGCGUUUAUUACCGGUUACCGCGGUGAUAACAAUGUUGAGGAGGCUUUGAAAUGGUAUAGUGAGAUGAAGGAGGUAGGUUUGACUCCUGAUACUGUGACUUACUGUUUGUUAAUCCCUCUCGUUUGCAAGAAAGGGGAUCUUGAUAGAGCGGUUGAGAUGUCGGAAGAAGCGAUUAGACAUAAGGUUCUGUCUCGUCCCAACAUGUACAAGCCAGUGAUCGAUGGUUUGGUUGGUGAAGGGAACAUUGAUAAAGCAAUGCAGCUAGUGAAGGAUGGUAAGUUACAGAGUUACUUUCGCUACUUACCAGGCUUGUCCACUGGUACUAAGAAGGAUACAGCUACGGUUCCGGUCUCUUCAGUUUCGGUCGAAGCUAGCGUGGGGGAGGAGUAAGAAUGGUUGAUCAGUGUUUAGCAACUGCUUUAACGAAUGCGUUAUAAUGGUGGCUUCCUAUCUUGUUUAUCACUCGUUUAGAUUUGUUAACCAGUUGACUCAAUUUGCAAGGAAACAAGGUUAUAUUGGUCUCUCUUGUGAUUUUUUUCAAUUUAUAAUUUUGGAAUUUUGCUUUUCUUUUUAAAUUCUGC